GAGGGAGAAAGAGGGGAUUAACAGAGGAAAAUGUCCACACUGGGUGAGGAUGGAGGGGAGAAGAAGGGAGGAGAGGAAGAGAGGAGUAUACGGAUGAGCAGACAGUCACAGCAGUGUUUAAAAACGAUGAAACACACUGAAUGAACCUGCAGUAAGUCCAUGGAGUGGUGAUUUAUAUCCACCGCAAACAAACAACCAAUCACUUUUCUCUCUCCAACAGGACUCCACAGAGAGGGAGGGAGGGAAGGUGGGAGAGAGACAGAGAGGGCGAGAGAGGGAAGACCAGUCCAGAGUGUGUUUGUCAUCAUUGGAGAGGGAUUCUCCAGUGAGAACAGGAUGGAAGGGCCACAGGAGAAGACAGGAAAAAGGGCUUCCAUAAAGAAAAAGAUGGAGAAGCUGAGGCGGUGGAGCACUUCCUCCAGCUCAGCCAGUGUGGAGGGGGUGGGGGGCCGUGCCAGACCCCCCCGAAACAAGGCCCUGAGCCUGCCUGCGCCCCUCGGGGGCGACCCGGACGGGGAGGGGGGCCUUCUGCACGAGAUGGAGAGGAGGAAGCUAAGGCCCAUUGUGGACUCUGUCUUUGGUCAGGACAGAAACUUGCGGCCAGAGGAGAUUGAAGAGCUGAAUGAGGCCUUCAGAGAGUUUGAUAAGGAUAAGGACGGCUUCAUCAGCUGUAAGGACCUGGGGGAGUGCAUGAGGACCAUGGGCUACAUGCCCACAGAGAUGGAGCUGAUCGAGCUGAGCCAGAAGAUCUGUGGCGGCAGAGUGGACUUUGAGGACUUUGUGGAGCUGAUGGGUCCUAAAAUGCUGGCAGAGACAGCAGACAUGAUCGGAGUUAAGGAGCUGAGAGACGCCUUCAGGGAGUUUGACUCCAACGGCGAUGGAAAGAUCAGCUUCCCGGAGCUGAGGGAGGCCAUGAGGAAGCUGAUGGGGGAGCAGCUGAACCCCCGAGAGAUCGAUGAGAUCCUCAGAGACGUGGACCUGAACGGAGACGGACUGGUGGACUUCGAGGAGUUUGUCCGAAUGAUGUCCCGCUGACACAGUGUGCAGCGUCUGAGGGGCCAAUGGAAGAAAGGGGAAUGGAAGAUGCCCUCGUUUGUGAAAAAAUGCAUUUUCUGUACAUGGACAACAUUUUUGUGUAUAAAUGUUAUGAAUGUUUUAUGUUUUGUUUUUGAGAACUUCCUGGAGUAUAUACAUACCAUGACCUUGUUCAUUUGGACAGUUGUGUAAAUAUAUGUGCUGUGCUUAAUACUGCAUUGUAAUAUGCAAGAGAAUGUAUUUUUAAUUCUACAAGGUAAAAGCAUUCUAGACCAGACAUGAUAUAAGGUCUUAAUGUCCAUAUUCCAUGAUAGGGAAGUGGACUUUGUACCAAACUAGUUUGGACUUUCGGACUCUGUACUAAAAUAGUUUCCCUUUUUGGAGCCACAGUGGCCCUAGAGAAUAAUAAAUACACUUAAAUCUGAGCCAUAAAUAACAUAAACAUGUAUCCAGACCUGAACAUACACAGUACAUAUUAGUCUGUGAAAUUCUGUGGUUUCAAAUGUUAGCAUGACCAUGUCACCUGUAAGAGUUCUCAUUUGAGCUCUUUAGCGUUUCUCUGUCAGCUUAUUGGUUACUGUGCAAGGCGUGGCAGUUACAUUCAAAUGAGCUUCAGAACUGUAAAAGAUUAUUGCAGAGUUUGAGUGUUACUACUUUGAGGAAAUUUAAUUUUAAUAGGGGAGCUGGAAAUCAUGACACUCAGAAAUCGAAGAUUAAUCUUCACAUUUCUUGGACAUUACUUCAGCUGAUGCAACAGCUACAGUUUGUAAUUUGUGCAGAAACAUUGUCCUGGACACAGUAAUGACUUCUGAGGAAUGGAUUUCUGCAGAUGCAGGGUUAUCUCACAGAUUUUUCACUAAGAGGUGCAUUUUAAGGAAGGAUGUACAGCCUAUUUCAAUUUCAUUCAUUUUCUUGAUGAGAAUUUAGUGUCAUUUAUACCACUGUUCACUUAUGCAAAAAUACAAUUACAUUUUUAAAAAUGUAUGUCAUCAGUAAAUAUUGUACAAUUAAUUUGUAUAAAGUGCUCAUUUACUGUGUCAUUACAAAGAUGUUGAACA